AUGGAUCUCAAGCAGGUCCAUCCUCUUCAGGGUACCGAAACACUUCCUCGCUCUACCAUAACUACACGAGACAUGCUUGCAACGUGCCAAGAGUCUCGGAAUGAGGCCUUGCGUGCAUUGCCAGAUCUAUUGCCUCUUAGCAACUGUGCUGUUCACUUCAACGGACUUGACGAUGUUAUCUGCCUCGUCAAAGUGAAUCUAGAUGUGUUAGACUCGUUGAGAGAGGCGGUAUUGAGCUAUCGGGCUCUGGGACAUGGUAACAAGAAUGGCGGGGCCGUUGCUGAAAUGCCCGAUGCCCUAAACUGGGUCAGCAAGGUGACGAAACUAGCAUUAGAAGCGCGCAACUCAGACUUCCACGACGACUUCGGUUUUUCGGCCACUGAAGGAAUCGAUCAGAAUCGCCUGCUACGAUUUAUGUCCACGUUUCCAAAACUGGAGUGGCUAUUUCUAAUCAUCUUGCCGACGCCAGAUGAUAUGGGAACAGUGAUAGUCGAUGAGACUAACGACGACGAAGGGCAUGAAGGAGAAGGUGACGGAGAUGCUACUACCAUUUCCAGCAAUGGCAGCAACAACAUUGGCUCCAUUAGCGGCUUUUGGAUUCGAGGCGAGAAUGGGAUUAGCGACUGGUAUCGUUGGGUACCUCGCAGCACAACAUGGGGCUACUCGAAUGAGAAAGUGCAGACGCAUUUCUCAGAUAUGGCAAUAUGGAAGGAAAGUCUUCAGGCGGCAUUGCGGCGUCAUGGCAACGAAAGCCGGCUGUUGAGAUCGGUGCAAGUUGAGGUAAUGUUGCAUUUCAGGGAAGGCGUCGAGCCACCGAACGAUCUGUAG